AGGAAAGAUAUUGUGUUGGCGAACUGUACAUCCCUUUCCGUUUCCAUUUUAUUAUUUCUUCUCGCCUCGCUGACCCCAAGUGCCCACAGUCCUCCACUCCUCCUUGGAACACCUCGCGUUGCCCCCUCGUAAUUCUACACCUGCACAGGAGCCGUUAUUGUCGAUUAAUACGUGCAACAGAAAGGUUAUUGUAUGAGUCAGAAAAUUGAAAAGCCAGUACUAUCAGGUCAACGUAUAAAGACCAGAAAGAGAGAUGAAAAAGAAAAAUAUGAUCCAACUGGAUUCAGAGAUGCCAUUCUACUGGGUUUGGAAAAGGCUGGUAACGAUCUAGAGGCGGUUUCCAAGUAUCUCGACACCGCAGGUUCAAAACUCGACUAUCGUCGUUAUGGUGAAGCAUUAUUUGACAUUCUCAUUGCCGGGGGUCUCCUUGUACCGGGCGGCUCCAUUGCUUCAGACGGUGAUAAACUUGUCAAGACUAAAGCCUGUGUAUUCGAACAACCAGAGGACAUGGAGUCGUUGAAGAAUUAUGAACAAGUUUUUAUAAAGUUGAUGCGUCGUUACAAAUACUUGGAGAAAAUGUUCGAGGAGGAGAUGAAAAAAGUACUAGUAUUUAUCAAGGGCUUCAGCCCUCAAGAGAGGAAAAAAUUGGCUAGGAUGACAGCUCUGUGGAUAUCAAAUGGUUCAGUUCCACCAACUGUUCUCUCUGUACUCAUUAAUGAACAUCUCGUUAAAGAUAAUCUUGCCCUUGACUUUCUUCUCGAAGUAUUUGUAACAUGGAAAAAUGAGAAAGGAUUACCAAGUUUAAUGACUGCACUGAAGCGUGGUGGGAUUGAAGGUAAAAUGAUGGAAUUUGUACCGCCUAAUAAGAGGACUGAAGAGUAUUUCCGUUCAACUUUUGAGACGGUCGGACUGGCUGAUAUCGUUAAACUCCACAAAGCUCAGGCAAGUCAAGAAGCAAAGCGUGAUCUCCAACAGCUUCUUAUUGAUGACUUGGCUGAUAAUCGACCCAUCAAAGACAUUGUCCUUGAUCUCAAAGAAAUGGCAGUCAAGAGUUGUAUUCCCGAACACGAAGUCAUAGGUCUCAUUUGGGGAGUUGUUAUGAGCCAAGCUGAAUGGAAUAAGAAGGAAGAACUCGUUGCUGAACAAGCCCUUAAGCAUUUGAAAAUUUAUACACCACUUUUCGGCGCAUUCACUACCACUGCCAGAUCCGAACUCGCUCUUAUACUCAAGGUUCAAGAGUUUUGCUAUGAGAAUAUGAAUUUCAUGAAAGUCUUCCAAAAAAUUGUCCUGCUCUUCUACAAAAAGGACGUUAUUUCGGAGGCGGUAAUAAUGAAGUGGUACAAGGAGGGACAUUCGCUCAAAGGCAAAAUGCUGUUUUUGGACCAAAUGAAAAAAUUCGUCGAGUGGCUGCAAAAUGCCGAGGAGGAAUCUGAAUCGGGUGAAGACGAAGACUAAAGUAGGUUCUUCUUCACCUCUCCCCCUCAUUCCUACUACUUAACAAUGUGAAUCUAAAGAGAGACAAUUUAUCAUUAAAACAAAAAAUAAUGCUAAUAAAUUGUGCGAUGCGAGCAAGCGAAAGAAAACAUUUUUUUUUUUUCAAUUGAAUGAUGAAAAUUUUCGUUGUCUUCAUUUUCAAAAUGAUGAAUUUCAGCAUUCUCCUCUCUAGAUACCUCCAAGAGUGCAUAUUUCGAUACAAAUAAUGAUUUUAAAAAAUGUCAAAAUAAUCCUGUCCGAAAUUUGUUUCAAAAUGAGUAAUUGCCGACGGAAAAUCAAUAAAAAACAAAUAAUUGACAAGUAUGCAUGGGUGAUGGGUGAAUUAAUUAAAGAGUAAAUAAAACAAAAAAAUAAAUGAGUAAAUAGAAAAAAUGCCAAUUGUACAAUUACACAAUUCCCUAACAGAAAAUACUGUGAACAAUAAAAAAAAAUGAAGAUAACAACUGAAAUUGUAUACAUACACGAGUAAUAAAUUAAAUCAAUUUACAAAAACGAGGACUAAAUUGAUUACGAAUGGCAGAAAAGCAUUAUGUGAAACCACAGUAUGAUCAUUUUCCCGCGCCAAUAUCAAUUGUAAAUUUUUCACAUAACAACAACAAUAAUAAUAAUAAUAACAACAAUUAUUAUAAUGAUAAUAAUAAGAGGGAGAAGAAAUAUUUUGUGCUAUACUUUUAUAAACUCGGCUACAAAAUAUAUACAGAUAUAAACUGUUUAAAAUGCGCU